AUGGGGCAUAAGGAGGACAUUCAAUCAGUGGUACACAAAGAAAAGCCUGAAAGACAUGAAAAACCUGAAAAGAGAGAGAAGCCUGAAAAGAAAAGCAAGCCUGAAUACACUGAAAAAUUAGAAAAGAAAGAAAAAGUGCCUCCCAAAGAAAAACCUACAAAGGAAGAAAAGCCUAAAAAGAAAGUGCCUCCUUCCCCAAAAGUAACAGAAAAGGUGAAAGCUGAACAGCAAGAAAAAAUUGAAAAAAAGGUUGCUCCAAAAGACAAGAAGAGCAUACAAGUUGAAGAAAAGGCUAAAAAGGAUGUGAAAGAAAGAAAACCAGAAACCAAGGCACCUGCAAGUGUAAAGCAUAAGGAAACCAAAGCAGAAGCAGCAGCAUCAGAGAAAGCCAAAGUGAAAAUGAAAGAAGAAACAUCUUUGAUGCUUACAGAAAAGUCAGAAACAAAAGAUCAAUAUGCAUUCUGUCGCUAUAUGAUUGACAUGUUUGCUCACGGGGAUUUGUAUACAGGACCAACUCCUCACCUAUUUUUACCACAGACCCCAGCAAUCGCACCUGAAGUCCCAGCUUCUAAAGUGGGAAAACUUAAUGUGACAACUACAAAACCAAUAAAAGAGGAGAAAGGAAGGAAGGCAGUUCAAGAAAAGAAAGCUAUUCCUGAAGUUAAAACAAAAGACGUAGAAGAUGGGAGAAAAAUAACUCCUGUGAAGAAAGCUAUUCCUGAAAUUAAAGUGAAAAAGGUGGAAGAAGAAAAGAAGGGUGCACAUGAGAAGAAAGGUGUUUCUGAAAUUAAACCAAAAGGGAAAAAAGAGGAAAGAAAGAAAGCUCUUGAGAAGACAGCUGUCCCUGAAGUUAAAAAAGCAGAGCCAAGAAAAGCUGGCUCAGAAGCCCAACCAGUUUCUGUGAAAGUAGCUGCACCAGAACCUCACAAAAAAGAAAAACCAGUAGAAAGUGCCAAGCUACCAAAGAAGGAUGUGCACCUAAAAGCACCUGUGACACAAGAAACCCAUAAACCAAAAGCCACCAAAGAAGUUCAUAAACCAAAAGAAACUGAACGAGCGAAAAUAGAACCUGCUGCACAUUUGGCUAAAAAAGCACUCCAUGAAAAGAAGGAAGAUAAACCAUUAAAGGCAGUGGAGCAAGAGAAACAAAAACCCAAAGAAACAAAACAUGUCAAAGAAAAAGAAGCAAAGCAUGAGGCAGCAAAGAAGGACAAAGAUGCUCCGAAAGAAAAGGCAAAGCCUCCAUCUCCUGCCAAAGCAAAAGAAGCAGCAAAACCAAAAGAAGUACAGCCUCCCAUUCCCCAGAAGCAGAAAGCACCCAAAAUGAUAAAAGAAACCAAAGAUGCUUCUCAUCGUGCAGCUGCAGGACAAGAUAUUGUCAGGCAUGACAAAGAAACUCCUCCCAAAAAAACAGCCAAAUCCAAAGGAAUUACAAAAACAGCUGAUGGAAAAGCAGUAACAGACAAGAAGAAAACAGAAAAAGCACUGAAGGAAAAAGAUGGGAAAACUGUGGAGAAAGCUCAUUGCAAAGAGGAAAAGGCAAAAGCUCCAGCAGUUAAAGAAACCCAUCACCACCACAAUGUAACUGCAGACAAAAUUUCAAAAGCUGCCAAAACAACAAAGGGAUAUUCAGAAAUUGGCACAGCUAAGAAAUCUGCAGUGCGCUACUAUCAGUGUGUCUUUGUCAAUGGAUAUAAUGGCUACACAUCAGAAUACGCUGUUACUCCAGCAAAAGACUACAAAGGAAAGACUGGACAGUCAAAAGCAUCAGGGCACAAGACCAAGACACCGAAACAAUAGAAUCACAGAACAUGCAACAUUGUGAAAAUUUUGCACUUUAUGCUCUCUACAGAGGGUUAUGCAAAAACCAUUGGUACCUAUGAUCACAGAAAUGUGGUGUGAUCCAAUUGAUCACAUGCUUUCAGGAAGGUUCUCUGCUCAUCAUCAGAACCAGCAGAGGAAAAAAGAGAGGAAGAUGUGUAACAACAUUUUAGAGGGUACCCAAGUGCCCCUUUUCUGAAGGAGAGCAUGGUGCUGAUGUUGUACUUGACAACUUGUACUUGUAUACUUGUAUGUGCAUGUGUGUUUUGUACAUCUCUGUGUAUUUCUUAGGCUGUUUCCAGUUUAUGUUUGCUUGUUAUUGUAUUUUGUAUAUUGCCUUGUUGGAGUAAAAUGUGUUUCCCAUGCAAUUAUCUCAAGGUCAAGUGUCCAUUCAAAAAUAUUUAAGUCUUGGAAUAAUAAUUGGUGACUGUUUUUACCAUUUAUGUUAGCACUCAGUUAUAUCAGUCCUUCGCUAAAUAAUAACUCCGUUUCAAGAUUAUUGUCCUUAGAGAACUCAUUAUACAAUAGGAAGGUAAUUUGCUUGGAAGUAUUCUAUUAAAAAAACCUGUAAUAUUUAUUUCUGUAAAGAUAAACUGUAUUUUCUGGUUCUUAAAAGCACAGUGGAGAGCAGAUUCUAAAACUGCUGCUAGACCUAGCAAAGAUGAACUAAAUGAGUGUUCAAAGGGUUAAGUAAAUGAGUGUUUCUAGUGUUUCAGGAAUGACUUAGUGGUUUAAGUAAAUCUAUAUGCAGUUUUACCAAAUUAUUCCAAAUGAUAUUAAGUAUUAGCAUGAAAUAUAUAGGAAAGAAGGAAGAGCCAGUUAAUUAUCUGGUAUGGAAGAAUCAAAUAUGGAACUAUGUUAUUAUUUAUAAAAUAUGUUACAUACUCAGAAUUUCAGUACUGUCUUAGAGUAACAAUUUGGGCAAUUUUGCUAUCUAAACUUCAAUAAUUUCCAAGAUUUUCUUUUAUUAGGGAAUGUAGGGAAAUAUAUUUCCUAAUUAUACACUUAACUAUUUUUAGUGUGGAUACUUGAAGUAAAAACAUCACUCCUAAGCCAUCUUUUAUUUAUUUUUUUAGAGAGUGAGAUGAUUCCUUGGUGUUAAAAUGAAACAUGUAAUAUUCAUCUAGGUAAAAUCUCUGGACAUCAUUAUUCCAGCUGUCUAUCGCAGUAGUUCUUGCUUCAUAAAUAAUAUGUCCUUGCAAACUAGUUCUGCAUCAUAUUAAUACAUCUUAUCUGUGUUAUUUUGUACUUGUAUUUACAAUGUCAGAAACCUAAUGUAGUGUAGUGUAGAACAUUUUCUUUAAACAAAACAGGUUAUACAUACACACUUUAUUGUGUAUAGAUUUUAUUUCCAGAGAAUGUCAUGACUCAGAACUGAUAUUCAUUCUGAUAAGAUGGCACAGCACCAUAGAUAACUGUGCCAAAAAAGACUCAACCCGUUCUCAGUUGUGUUUGGACUUCUUUGUUUCUUCACUUCUAGACCAGGCUAGAAGUGACUGGAACUAUUGCUGCCUACUUAUGGCUGCCUGUGGAAGAGAUGAAGUCCACUAUGUGUUGGACGCAGUCACAAAAGGCAAUCCUUAUGACCGAAACUUAACUAUAGAGUAAAACUUUUAAACCACUAUUAACUACAUGGUCUUCACUAUAGUGAGAAGAAUAAACCAUUUGGAAGUAGAGGCAUACAGUGCUCCUUCCAUUGCUAGGAACUUCUCCAUAGAUAAGACAAAUGAGUCAAGGUGUACUGAUAAAGUAACUUAACAGAAAAAUGUUAACUUAACACUGUGCAUUUUCUUUAUAUUUACAAAAAAAAACCACUUUUUGGUAUAUCUCAGUCCAAGUUCCUUGUGUGAUACAAAGGUAAAUGACCUUUUUUGUAUCAUGCCAUACUUGAUGAAAGAAUUCAGACUUUUUUAUAAAAAAAAUAAUGAUACCUCAUAAGAAAGAUGAAUACUUUUUACUGUGCCUGGCCUUGUGUUGAGGCUGAAGGCUGACAUCUCACUAAUUGGCCACAAGCCCACCGAGGUCAGGAAUGAACUAUUAUCAACAAUAGAUGCAGACAUUUCAGAACUCAGUUAGGGGAUGUGGGUUGUUGUAGAUGAAUGUCAUCUAUCUCUAACUGUACCCUACAGAGAAAUCUUAAAGUUCAGUCACUUAUAAAUAUAUGAAUAUAAUUUGUGUAUUGCUUGUCAUGCUUAAUAUAAUUGAAUUGGCUUUCCAAAGACCUGCCAAUUUAAAACAUGGGUGUGUUUAAAUAAAACACGUAGCACAAGAUUUCAUUAGAAUGUUAUUUAAAUGUUGCUAAUUACUGGCAAGCUUUAUUUAACUUUAUUUAAAAGCUUUUUCAUUGGGACUUGUUGAAGCUUUCUCCUUCCUAGUUCUCCCAACUGGAAGCAUAUCUGAGAGCCUAAUUCUUCCCAUUUCGUCCCGCUAAAGAGGUGGCUCAGUGGAAUUGAGUAGAUGGCUUCAAUCAGAAUGUCAAAAUGGUAUAAAUCAAACAUUGGCCAUUGAUUUCAGAAAUAUUAAUUGCUUUGCUUUGCAGCCGCAUUGUGUGUCACUUCCUUCAGUGAAUCCAAUUAAUCUGAAACCUUGAUGUGCCAUAACUAGAAUUGCUUGCCUUUAUCCAGAUAAACCUAACUUUUCAAUAUAUUCAUUGCAUAAUGAUUUUUUCAAAAUAAAUUGGGCAAAGUGUCUCAGU